UUCGAUAACAAAUAUUUGUCGAAUCGAAUCGAAUCGAAUCGAAUCGAAUCGAAUCGUACGAUCCAUAUAACCGCUUAUCAUUUCGAUUACGAUCGAAAGAAGAAGAAAACGUAACAGAAAUGAAAAGAAAAAAGAAAAGAAAAAAAAAAGAAACAAAAGAAGAAACGAAGAAGAAAAAGUUAAUUAAAAAACGUUUUACUCGCGAUCACCGAACGUUUCACAGUACGUUGUAUAGGUGGGCGUAGCGACGCGAAUUCAAAUCGCGCGGGCCUAAAUAGGGAGGACGGCGUCUCGUUAGUUCGUCAAGAUGCCGUCUAGGGGCAGGACGAUCGCUAAUGUAUACAUGCAGUUGUUUCGCGGAGAGAGAGAAACGUCUCGCCGCAAGUCUCCUCGUAGUAUUUCGGUGAAUUCCGUGGCCGUUUUAUUCAAUGUGUAUCGCGAACCAAUAGGAUAUAAGCAGGAGAGAAGAAGAAUAAUCGUAUUUUAUUGUUUAAUAAUUCAUUGAAUUUUGUGUCUCCGUUCAAUAUUGCGCACUUGUUUACUACUUUUUCAACCAAGCUUUUGUUUGUCGUCACCCACAACUUUUCGUUCAAUUUUUUGUUCAACGUUUUUGUUAAUACGAGAAAGGCACACGGAGAGAAACAUCACCACCGAACAAAUGGAGUUCGACGAGUGCAACGUACCUUGUCAGGAAGAAGCGCGAUAUCGAAGGCGUACGAAGACAUGUAACCUAUAGAUGCGGGCUCGCUGAUCGUGACGGCUUUGUUAGGAUUUUUGGAGGACGUUGGAAACGAGGGGAAGAACAAGAGGAGAGAAGACGAAGAAGAAGAAGAGGAGGAGGAGGAGGAGAAGUGGAGGGGAAGAAGGAGGUGGAGGAGGAAGAAGAAGAAGAGGAAGAGAAGGAGGACAAGGUGAAGAAGAAGAGGAAGAGGAAGAAGAAAAGGAAGAGGAGGAGGGAAGAAGGAAAGAAAGAACGUGGAAUCGAAGUAUCGUUAUUUAUAGUCGAAAAUGACGCAACAAAGUGGCGCUGGGUCACCCCAGCAGUUCUGUCUAAGAUGGAACAAUUAUCAAACGAAUCUAACGAACGUGUUCGAUCAGCUGUUACAGAGCGAAAGCUUCGUCGACGUCACACUCGCCUGUGACGGGCAUAGCGUGAAAGCGCACAAGAUGGUACUUUCGGCUUGUAGCCCGUACUUCCAAGCAUUGUUCUUUGAUAAUCCGUGCCAGCAUCCGAUCGUCAUAAUGAAGGAUAUAAAGUGGCCGGAGUUAAAGGCCGCAGUAGAAUUCAUGUAUAAAGGUGAGAUCAAUGUCUCGCAGGAACAGAUCGGACCGUUGUUGAAGGUAGCUGAAAGUUUGAAAAUACGUGGUUUGGCCGAUGUAAACAGCGAGCAAGAAUUAACGUCAAGGCCAAGUCUAGUGGAGGAAGCUACGAACGCGGCUGCGCUUCACAGGAAAAAACGACGUCGAAUAUCCGGAGAAAGAUCGCCGACCGGCAACAGUCCCGAUCACACGGGCUCGGCUGGUAGCACAACGGGAGGAACGGGUAGUAUGAUCGAUGAUCAAGAACCAAGCGGUCCAACAAGCAUGGUCAUUCCCGAAGUUCACGCUCUGAUACCGAACAGCUCGACUCCGCGUUCUCUUGGCUCGCCAAGCACGCCGAGCGUCUCCGUGACGCCGCAGAUCAACCUUCAAGAAUUACCGGUCUCCUUGCCUCUACCACCACCCCCACCACCGCCGCCGCAGGGACAACCGAGCUCGCACCCCAUGCCUGCUCACCACGUGCCCGGCCACGUGACUUCCGGACCGCACCCGUCCGUCAACCACCUAGCCGCCACCCACGGGCAACAGCUAGUCGCUCAACAGCAACAACAGCAGCAACAUUUGCAGCAGGUACAGGCUAGUCAGCCUGGCGACGACCUCGAGAUCAAGCCUGGCAUCGCUGAGAUGAUUCGCGAGGAGGAAAGGGCCAAGUUGUUGGAAUCGUCCCACGCUUGGCUCGGUGCCUCCACCUCCAGUAUAGCAGACAGCUACCAGUAUCAGCUGCAGUCGAUGUGGCAGAAAUGUUGGAACACCAAUCAGAGUCUGGUCCACAAUCUACGCUUCCGUGAACGUGGCCCAUUGAAAUCCUGGAGACCGGAAACAAUGGCGGAAGCGAUCUUCAGUGUCCUUAAGGAAGGACUUUCAUUGAGUCAAGCAGCGAGAAAAUACGACAUCCCUUAUCCGACAUUCGUCCUCUAUGCGAACAGAGUCCACAACAUGUUAGGUCCUAGCGCUGAUGGCGGGGCCGAUUUGCGACCGAAAGGAAGAGGACGACCGCAAAGGAUUUUACUCGGCGUUUGGCCAGACGAACACAUUCGUGGUGUCAUUCGUGCAGUUGUCUUCAGAGACGGUCAUUCUCCACAUAUUGUUAAAGAGGAACCAGCAUCGAUGUAUCCAACUUUGGCGAAUUAUGCAGCUUGCAAUGGACCGGAAGGAGCCGUUAGUCCUGGUGCUGCUGCAGCUGCGGCGGUGGCUGCUGUUGCUCAAGGUCUAAGGCAUCAAAUGUGUAGCAUGGUAGCAGCAGCACACUCGCAACACGACAUGAUGGCGACGAAUCUAUCGACGAGCCUAUCGACGAGUCUCACGUCGAAUCUCCAAGCUGCGAUGCAAGCGAGUCAGCAUCACAACAACAAUAAUGCGAGCGGUAUCGGUAGUAACAAUGGAGCCGGAAUGAUCGGUUGUGGUGGUAACAACAAUACCGGUAAUUCACCAUUGAAUCUUGGCCUGGCGAGUCCAGGCUCUGGUGGACCACCUGAAAGUCCAAUGGAAAGUCCACUGGCGAGUCCUUUGGGCCCAUUGAUGGAUCCUGGACAUAUACCGGGUAGCGUAGAAGUUGGUAUCGGUGUCAGUGGUAUGACUUAUAAGCCAGCACGGAGCUUCGUCAGUCCACGACCGGAGAAUCUCUUUCAAGAGGAUAUAGCCGACCUCGUAAAGAGUCCGCACAGUCUCAAGGACAAGGACAAGAUCCCAGUGAAGUUGGAACCCCUUACCGACUCCCGUUGCGAAUAGUAAGCGACGAUUUACGACUCUCCGAGAGCGAGUGAGCAAGCAAGUAGAGCGAGUGUAAAAAAGAGAGAGAUAGAGAUAGAGAUGAGAAAGUGGAAGAGAGUGAGAGAAGAAGGAGAAGAAGAAGAAGAAGAGAGCGAGAGAAAGAGAGUAAGCUUUUUCUGUCCGUCGAGACGCGAAAGAUAGAUAGAUAGAUAGAUAGAUAGAUAGAGAAAGAGAGUGAGAGCGAGAGAGAUAAGAGUGAGUGAGAGUGAGAAAGAGAGAGAGAGAGAGAGAGAAAUAUAUAUAGAGAUAGAAAGUGACGACGAUUUUCCGUUCGACGGACCACAAGACGCUCUCUCUCUCGUCUUUCAGUACUCCGGGAUUUCUCGAAGAACACUUUGAGGUUCAAAUAGGAGAAGAAGAAGAAGAAGAAGAAGAUGAAGAAGGAGGAGGAGGAGGAGAAAAAGAAGACGAAAAAAGAGAAGUAUAAAGGAGCGAUCUUCUCGAAAAAAGAAAGAAGAAGAGAGACGACUUUGGAUUUAAAAGGAAGGUAGAGAGAGAGAGAGAGAGAGAGAGAGAGAGAAAGUUAGCAACUCGCUGAGAGAGAUAGAAAGAGAUAGAAGGAGAGAGAGAGAGAAGAUAUAUAUAUAUAUAUAGAGCUAGCGCGAGGACUUUUCUACGUACGAAGAAAGAUUGUCGAGAAUCGACGACGAGCCUUGUUCGUGGGCUCCGCUUGAACGCCACGUACAAACCCGCUGUUAGACUCUACGUGAAUAAAGUAAUUGAAAAGUAGAAGAAGAAGAAGAAAAAGAAAAAGAAGAAGAAGAAGGAAAAGAGGAGGAAGAAGAAGAAGAAAAAAAGGAGAAAGAGGAAGAGGAUGAAGAAUAAGAAGAAGAAAAAAAAAGAGAUAAAAAGUCGCGUUGCGAACUUGAAAAAGUAGUAAAAGAAGAAGAAGAAGAAGAAGAAGGAGGAGAAGAAGAAGAAGAAGAAGAAGAAGAAGAAGAAGAAGAAGUUAUUUCUAGGAGAGGAAGAAACAAAAUUUCGUGAAUAAGAUAAAAGAAAAAGGAGAAGAAGAAGUGGGUGGGGAGGGAGAGAUUUAGAAUCAAAAAAAGGAGAAGCGGACGACGAGAAGAUAAUAAUAAGAAAAUGUAGGAAAAAGCGAGAAAAUGUAGAGAAAAGAGAAAAAGAGAGAAUAAGAGUGAAUGCGUGCGUGCGUGCGUGUAUGUGUUAGAGAAAGAUAGAAAGAAAGAGAGCGAGAGAGGGAGAGAGAGUGAGAGAGAAAGAGAGAGAGAGAGAGAGAGAGAGAGAGAGAAAGAAAGAAAGAAAGAAAGAAAGAAAGAGAGAAAGAAAGAGUGAGUAGAAACUACUAUCGAGAAAGCAGAGUCGUCAUUCAAAAGCUGCGUCGUCGAUCGUCGCCGGGUCGCCGAACGUUUCUUCUCUUCUUUCUUGUCGUCGUCGACGAUCGGCGAUCGAGAGAGACGAGAUACAUAUAUCAUACAUACACACACACACACACACAUACACAUAUUCGAUUUACUUCCAGGGAGAGGAACGAGAGAGAGAGAGAGAGAAAGAGAAAAAAUAAAAAAAAUGGUGGAAGGAUCGUAGCUCACCACCCACCUCCCAUUACCACCACUACAGCUACUCAUUUACGCCAAAAACAGCAGCAUCAAUCAUCAACAUUAACAGAAACACGUUAACGCGAGAACACUUACUUAAAACAUAUAUAAGAUACAUUAAACACGUGCGUAAGUAUUAUACUUACGUAAGUAAGUAACACAACAUAAUUUACACGUGCGUACAAACUUCUUUACAAAGGAACUUAUGUAUAUGAUCGAUAAAGUAUUCGGUUUAUAUUCAAAUUAUUCAAGUACACGCUGUUUUAUUAACCUUUUGUUUCGUUCUUUCUUUCUUUUUUUUUUUUUUUAUUUAUUUAUUUAUUUGUCUUCCUUCCUUCCUUCCUUCCUUCCUUCCUUCCUUUCUUUCUUUUUUUCUUUCUCUUUUUCUUUUUCCUUAAGAUAACUUAGAAAUUUAUAUAUAUAUGUGUGUAUAUAUAUAUACAUAUAUAUGGAUGAAGAAGUUUGUAAUCGUACAUGCAAUUGCGAGAAAGAGAAAGAAAAUACACAUUGACGCGCUCGUAUGUAUGUAUGUAUUAUUACAUGUAUUGGCGUACAUGUUUAUUAUUCUUCUUCUUUUACUCGUGUCACAAAUAAAGAAUUUUACACGUACAUUUACUUUCUACAGACAGGUAUACACAAAACAUACAUCAGGGAGACAUACGCGCUCGUAUAAACAUACUACACAGAGACAGAAAAAUAGACAGCCUAAGUAUACCAAAUUUAUACCUACGCGUACGAUGUAUAUGACGAUAAUAGCUGUACUUUUAAUGCCAAAUGUAUAAUAAUUCGUAAAUACGAUUAUAAUAAUAGUCGUCGUGAUCGAGAAGAGAUUCGUUACGACGACGACGACGACCGGCCUGCGGCUUUUUCGCGACCCAAAAGUAGUCUCACAGCCUCCGGAUACCAAAUCACACACACACACACAUACACACAAAUAUAUAUAUAUAUAUGAACAUACACGUUUACAAACAAACGGAUAAACAACACACAGAGAAAAACGUACGAGUGAGAGAGACACGUAUGGUUAGUUGCGCGCUGCACUGCCCGGUCGUGACACGUGGCGUGUCGUUCGAUCAUUCUCCCUUCUAACCCUCAUCCCUAACCCUCAUCCCCUAUUCCCUAUAUUCCAACCCUAUCUACACCCUUAAUCCUCCUAGUAUUUUCAUUUCUCCGAAACUCACUUCUUUUUCUCUUCCUCUUUUUUUCUUCUUUACGAUCUUUUAUUUUUUUUUUCUUACUCUUCCUCGUUUUGAGAAGAGAGAAAGAGAGAGAAAGAGAAGGAACGAAGGAUUAAAAGAAGCGAGCAAAAAUAAAAAUUAAAAAAAUAAAAAACAGAAAGGAGGAAGUUAAACUUCUCGGAGUAGAGUAAUAAUUUUAAAAGAAUAAGAUAUGGAGGAAAUGAAACGACCACGCCACGUAAAACGAUUAUUUUUCUAAUCUGUGCGACGCAGUGAGCGAUAUCGCCGAUCUUACAUACAUAUACAUAUACUCGAGUAAUAUGUAAUAAUAAUAGGAAGAAAAAUACAGAGAGAGAGAGAGAGAGAGAGAGAGAGAAAGCAUACGCGUAUAUACACUUAUAUACAUACACACAUACAUACAUAACACACAAGAAAGAUGUACAAAAUUUCACCCUACGAUUGUCUACCGAAUAAAGCGAGAGAUAGAUAGAAAGAGAGAAAGAAAAAGUUAUAGAGAAUGAGAGAGAGAUAAACAGAUACAGAGAGGUAUUUAAGAACUGAGAAAGAGAGAGAAAGAAAAUAUAUAAAGUGAGUGGAAAGAAAGAGAAAGAAAGAAAGAAAGAAAGAAAGAAAGAAAGAAAGAAAAAGAAAGUCGACGUCUUUUUAUGAACGACGAGUACACAUUGGGACGAAAAAAAAAAUGAUCGAUGUACUUUAUUAAGUGUAAUUAUUGCCUUCCUGCCAUGUUUGGGGUAUGCCAAGUAUAAAAAUUAUAAGGUUUAGAGAUUAGGGACGAUGAAAAACGGGAGAUGGUGACACAGGAACCCGGUGAAAGAAUAAAAGGAAAAAAAAAGAAAAAAAAAAAAGAUUGUAUGAAUUUGAUAAAUUGGAAUGCGAGAUAAUAAUAUGAUGUUGCGUGUCUGUUUUGUGCGUGUAUCUAUGUAUGUGCGAGAGAGAAAACGAUAUGUGUGCUUGUGAUAUUGAGAAUGAGAGAGCGAAAGAGAGAAAGAAAAUAAAGGGGCAAAUAAAGAAAGAUAGGAACGUGUGAAAGAAAGAGAGAAAGAAAACGAGAGAGAAAGAGAGAGAGAGAGAGAGAGAAGAUGGGUAGCUCCAUUUCGUCGAGAUAUCGUGCUAUUUUUCAAAAUUUUACACGUUGCGCGUGACUUUUGCGAACGGGACCUUCGAACCUCCCCGACAAUCGGAGAAGAAUCUCGAGAUUGUACUAUAUAUAGUCGGUAAAGAAGAAAAAAAAAAUAAAUCAAAGUAAAAAUAACGUCUGUCGGAUCGUUACGAGAGUUUUGAUCUGCGAAAUUAGACGAGAAAUAUAAGGGACAAAGGGAUAAAUUGCAAUGGGCGCGUAUAAGGGGUUAGAGGUUAAACGAUUAGCGAAGAAAAACGAGCUCUUGCACUAUUCUUUUUUCUUUCUUCGUUUUUUUCUCCUUUUCUUUUUCUUUUCUUUUUCUUUUCUUUUUUUUUUUUUUUUUUUUCUUAAACUCAUUAUACAACACGUGCAAGAAAGUAAAGGGUAAGAGCGAAGGGGGAAGAGAACGAGUAAGGAAAAAGAUCACUUGGCGCUCUUUCACGCAUCCUCUCUCCGAUUCUCCUUGUAUCGUUAUUAUAUACAUACAUACUUACGCGAUAAAAAAGAAAAAAAAGAAAAAGAAAAAAAAAAGAAUAUAUAAAAUGUAUUUAUAUACAUAUAUAUGUACUCGAGGCCUUCGCCUAACGUUUUACUCGCGAUCACGUUCAUCGGGAAUAGAUCUUUCGUAAUGGAGACAUCGACGGCCCAUUCGCCUUCAAACAUUUUUACGUGAGCGUUUUAACGAGCGUCAGAGCGAGACCAAAAAAAAAAGAAAAGAAGAAGAAAAGAAAAAGAAAAAAAAAAGAAAAACUCAAAAGUGACCUUCGGUAAGAUUUUUAAUGGUGUAUUUUUUUCGGCCUUCACGGUGAUAAAAAAGAAGAAAAAGAAGAACAAAAAGCAAAGGAAAUGAAAAAAAAGGGUAUUGUAGAGUGGGAGGAUUGGGAAGAGAGAGAGUGGGUGGAAGAGAAGGAGGGUGGAGGGGGAUGGUUACAGACGAGAAAGAGGGAUCAUACGGGAAUUUAUUGAAAACGCAAACGUAUAUUCCCAUACGUCAAAAACGCCUAAAUUAAUCGUUUGAUAUGAGUACCGUACUUUUCACGUAGUAUAAAAUACAGAUCGCGAUCGCGUGCUGUUUCUUGUUAAAAAAAAAAAAAAAAAAAGAGAGAAAAAAAAGAAAAAAAGAAAUAGAAGAAUAAAAAAAUAAAAAGGAAAAAAGAGAAAAAGGAAACACAAAAGUGCUACUAUCUCCCCAGAAAAUUGAGAGAGAGAGAGAGAAAGAGAGAAAGAAAGAGAGAGGAGCGCAUCAUCGGACCGCGUAGAGCGUAGAGAGAUUGACGAUGCGCGCGUUCAAAUCUCUAUCGACGUAUAUACGGUGCAUAGAUAUCGUAUCGAAAUUUUUUCUGAUAUCGUACACUUUUCGACAAGACAUUUCUUUUCCAAAGAAACCUCCAUCUUUUUUGCUCUUCCUCUAUCUUUCUUCUCCUCAUCCUUCUCUUCCUCCUCCUUCUCCUCCUCCUCCUCCUCCUCCUCCUCCUCCCUUCUUCUUUCUUCCUUCUUCCUUCUCUUCCUUCUCCUGGCUGUGGCUCCUCACUCAAAAGAUUAAAUACGGAAAAAAAAGAAAAGAAAACCACGUUCUCUUUGAUCUCGGCCUCCGUGCGAGCUCUGCGCUUGAUUUUUCCACGACGAACGGGCCACCGAUGUCCCGGGAGCAGGCGAAAGGGAAAUGAUCGACGUCGGAUCGCGAGUAAAGGAACUUUACUACGACUUUAGGCUUAAUGUGUUCAAUAAGGAGAAAUAAAAAGGAGGGAAAGGGGAGAGGGGGAGGGCGUUGAGGAGGGAAACGAAAAUGGCAAAAUCAGCGGACGUGCAUAAGGGCGAACGACGGGAGAAGGGAAAAAACAAGAACGAGUAAUUGAAUCGAAGGGUGGGGGAAAUAUAUAUAUAGAUACACACACAUAAAUAUGUAUGUAUGUAUAUGUGUGUAUAUGUAUAUAUAUAAAAUGUUUACAGAGAGGCACGUUCGUCGAGUAGCACGCUGAGUAUACGGUUCAGAAAAAAAGAAAAAAGAAAAAAAAAAGAAGAAAAGAAAAAAGAACAGGAGAAAUCGGUAAAAUGAGAGGAACAAAGGUGAGUGUGAGAGCGCGAAAAAAGGCGGGAAAGGAAGGGUGAGAGAGACGGGAUAGGAGGGAGGGAGAGAAAGAGAAAGAGAGAGAGGAAAAAUGAGAGUAGAAGGGAGGGAGGGAGGGUUCGUAAGGGAAAGAGUGAAUGAGAGUGAAAGUGAGAGUAUAUGAAAAAGAAUGAGUGAAUGAAGAGAGAGAGAGAGAGAGAGAGAGAGAGAGAGAGAGAAAUAGAGAAAGAAAAAGAGAGAAUCGAAGAGGACGUUAAAAUUAAAUAUUGUAUAAAAAAAAAGUAGUAAGUGCCUUCCAAACAAAAAAAAAAAAAGAAGAAAAGAAAAAAGAUAUUUAAAGUGUCCCGUAGACC